AUGGGCCUGGAGCUCUAUCUGGACUUGCUGUCCCAGGUCUGCCGCGCCGUCUACGUCUUCACCAAAAGAAACAGCGCGCCAUGGAGCUGCUCAAAGGCGGGCUUGCGGGUGGCCAGGGGCCAGCACCACAGCGACGCCUUUGCCCAGGUGAACCCCAUGGGGAAGGUGCUGGCCUUGAAGGACAGGGACUUCACCUUGGCCGAGAGUGUUGCCAUCCUGCUCUAUCUGAGCCGCAAGUAUGAGACCCCAGACCACUUGUACCCCCAGGACAUCCAGACCUGUAUCCACGUAGACGAGUACCUGGCAUGGCAACACAUGGCCCUGAGGAGCAGCUGCACCUGCACCCUGUGGCAGAAAGUGGUGUUCCCUGUGUUCCUGGGUGAGCCAGUGCCUCCUGAGACACUGGCGGCCAAGCUCGCCAAACUGGACAGGUGCCUGCAGCUGCUUGAGGACAAGUUCCUGCAGAACAAGGCCUUCCUUGCCGGGCCCCACAUCUCUGUGGCUGCGGUGGCCAUCACGGAGCUGAUGCACCCUGUCAGUGCCGGCUGCCAAAUCUUCGAAGACCGACCCAUACUGCCUGCACGGCGCCAGUGUGUGGAGGCCGCGGUCCGGGAGGACCUCUUCCAGGCGGCCCAUGCAGUCAUCAUGAAGGCCAAGGACCUGCCUCCGGUGGACCCUUCCAUGAAGAAGCUGAGGCCCUUGGUAUAGAUUUUAUUGCAGUGA